AUGUCUACAGCUUACUACCCAUACCAGCCGACGGGCUCACUUCCAGUCAACGUGCCCGGCAAGACACCGCAGAACCCUUAUGCUCCUCGUCACAACCGCAACUCGUCAGCAUACAGCCAACUCUCUGCCUCGCCGCCUGAAAGACCCGAAAGCGUGUCUUCAACUGGCGCGGGACUGUACUCGGCAGCUUCAAGUCAAUAUGGGGGCAGCGACUACGAGUCGUCGAGCGGCGCCACGAGUGUCGAUCUCCUCGACUAUAUGAAUGACCGACUCUCGCAAGCAUACGAUCCAGUACCGCUCGACAAGAAUCUGGCGAGACAGGCGCAAAUGUCUGGGGAGCUCAAUGCGAAGAAUCGCGAACUUCUUGCUUUGCAAGCUCAAGCGAGGGCACGGCUGGCGAAAACGCGAGCGAACUUUGCGGAGGGCAUGAAGGCGGCGAAAGAUGUACAACGUGAUCUGGAGUGGACUCAGAAGAAAGUACAUGCACUGAACGCGCGAGCAGCUCAAAAAUACCCAGAUCAAUACCGAGCGGCUAGCUCGCGAUACCCGGCACCUGUGGACUAUUAA